AUGAGGCGGCGUUACGAGGACGAUGGCAUCUCCGAUGAUGAAAUUGAAGGGAAGAGGACGUUUGACCUUGAGGAAAAGCUGUCCACCAACAAGUUUAACUCCACCUUCGUGGUCUUCAUGGAAGGCAAAGACUUCACAGUUGAAUACAUCCAGCGGGGCGGCCUGAGAGACCCUCUCAUCUUCAGGAGCUCUGACGGCUUGGGGAUAAAGAUGCCAGACCCGGACUUCAGCGUGAAUGAUGUGCGGCUGUGUGUCGGGAGCCGACGGAUGGUGGAUGUCAUGGAUGUGAACACGCAGAGGGAUAUUGAGAUGUCCAUGGCACAGUGGGCACGCUACUACGAAACACCGGAGGCCGAGCGAGAGAAACUUUACAAUGUCAUCAGCCUGGAGUUCAGCCACACCAAACUGGAGAACCUGGUGCAGAGACCUGCUACGGUGGAUUUGAUUGACUGGGUUGAUAACAUGUGGCCCAGACACCUGAAGGAGAGUCAGACAGAGUCUACGAACGCUAUCUUGGAGAUGCAGUAUCCAAAGGUGCAGAAGUACUGUCUGAUGAGCGUCAAGGGCUGCUACACAGAUUUCCACGUGGACUUCGGUGGUACCUCUGUGUGGUACCACAUCCACCGAGGGGGAAAGAUCUUCUGGCUGAUCCCUCCUACGCCCCAAAACCUGGAGCUCUAUGAAAACUGGCUUCUCUCAGGGAAGCAGGGAGACAUUUUUCUUGGGGACAGAGUGUCAGAGUGCCAGCGCAUCGAGCUCAAGCAGGGCUACACAUUUGUCAUCCCCUCAGGUUGGAUCCAUGCUGUGUACACUCCCAUGGACACGCUGGUUUUCGGAGGCAACUUCUUACACAGCUUCAACAUCCCUAUGCAGCUCCGGAUCUACAGCAUCGAAGACCGCACGCGGGUCCCAAAUAAGUUUCGUUAUCCCUUCUAUUACGAGAUGUGUUGGUACGUGUUGGAGCGCUACGUCUACUGCAUCACCAGCCGCUCCCAUCUGACCAAGGACUUCCAGAAGGAAUCGCUCAGUAUGGAUAUGGAGCUGAGCUCCUCGGACUCGGUAAACAUGGAAGAGGAGGAAGAAGAAGAAGAAGAGGAGGAUGCAGCAGGGAAGGAACCCAGGCGACCGGUCACAAGGCGGUCCAUUCUCACCAGCCCAAUAGCCAACGGUGCCAAUGUGGACUAUGAUGAACUGGGCAAGAGCUGCCGGAGCAGCCUGCCGGGUCUGAAGAAGACCCCAUCUAUAGACUCUUCUGACUCCAGCCGGGGCUCCCAAAACGGCCAGGCCUGGGACCCGAAUGGUGGCAGCCCGCGCAAGAGCAGGAAGGUGCACCUGACGCAGUUUGAGCUGGAGGGGCUGCGCUGCCUCGUGGACAAACUGGAGUCGCUCCCUCUGCACAAGAAGUGCGUUCCCACCGGCAUUGAGGAUGAGGACGCCCUCAUCGCUGACGUCAAGCUGCUGCUAGAAGAAUACGCGAACAGCGACCCCAAACUGGCACUUACAGGCAUCCCCAUCGUCCAGUGGCCCAAGAGAGAUAAGCUAAAGCUCCAGGCCCGGUUGAGGGUGCGCCUGCCCACCAUCCCCAUCACCAAACCGCACACCAUGAAGCCAACCCCCCGCCCGACACCCGUCAGGCCUACGGUCUCUCCCAUCGUGUCAGGCGCCAGGCGGAGGCGGGUGCGGUGCCGAAAAUGCAAGGCUUGUAUGCAGGGCGAGUGUGGCAUGUGCCACUAUUGCAGGGACAUGAAGAAGUUUGGUGGCCCUGGCCGCAUGAAGCAGUCCUGCGUCCUCCGGCAAUGCUUAGCGCCCAGGCUGCCUCACUCGGUCACGUGUGCACUUUGCGGGGAGGUGGAUCAGAACGAGGACUCGCAGGACUUUGAGAAGAAGCUCAUGGAGUGCUGUAUCUGCAACGAGAUUGUUCACCCUGGCUGCCUACAGAUGGAUGGGGAAGGGCUGCUCAACGAUGAGCUCCCUAACUGCUGGGAGUGCCCCAAAUGCUACCAGGGUGACGACGCAGAGAAGGGCCAGAAACGGAAGGUGGAGGAGAGCGACGACGACACGGCGCAAGCCAAGGUGCUGCGGCCCCUGCGGAGUUGCGAGGAGCCCCUGACCCCGCGACGGCAGCUGCUGCGGCUCCAGGCCACCGAGCGAACCAUGGUGCGGGAGAAGGAGAACAACCCCAGCGGCAAGAAGGAGCUGUCGGAGGUGGAGAAGGCCAAGCUGCACGGCUCCUACCUCACCGUGACGCUUCAACGCCCCACCAAAGACGUCCACGGCACUUCUAUCGUCCCCAAGCUGCAAGCCAUCACAGCCUCCUCCACCAACCUGCAGCACUCUCCCCGUGUGGUCAUGCGCCACGCGCCCACCAGGAUGCCCCUGCGGGGCGGCGGGGAGGAGGAGGCAGCCGCCGAGGAGGAUGAGGAGGAAGAGGAGGAGGAGGACGAGAACGCGGAGGAAGGGGGGGCGGCCCGGCUCAACGGCCGAGGGGGCCGGGCACAGGAGGGCGAGGAGAGUUGGAUGCAGCGCGAGGUGUGGAUGUCCGUCUUCCGCUACCUUACUCGCAGGGAGCUCUGCGAGUGCAUGCGGGUGUGCAAGACCUGGUACAAGUGGUGCUGUGACAAGAGAUUGUGGACAAAAAUAGAUUUAAGCAGGUGCAAGUCCAUCACCCCCCAGGCGCUGAGCGGCAUCAUCAAAAGACAGCCGGUCAGUCUCGACCUCAGCUGGACCAAUAUCUCCAAAAAACAGCUUACGUGGCUCGUCAACAGGCUGCCAGGCCUGAAAGACCUCAUCCUAGCGGGCUGUUCCUGGUCUGCGGUCUGUGCUCUCAGUACCUCCAGCUGCCCCCUUCUCAGGACCCUCGAUCUUCGGUGGGCAGUAGGAAUCAAGGACCCUCAGAUCCGGGACUUACUCACGCCUCCAACAGACAAACCCAGUCAGGACAAUCGCAGCAAACUCCGCAACAUGAUCGAUUUCCGGCUCGCCGGCCUGGACAUCACCGACGCCACGCUGCGGCUGAUCAUCCGCCAUAUGCCCCUGCUCUCCCGCCUCGACCUCAGCCACUGCAACCACCUUACGGACCAGUCGGCCAACCUCCUCACGGCUGUGGGCUCUUCCACACGCAACUCCCUCACCGAGCUCAACAUGGCAGGCUGCAAUAAGCUGACGGACCAGGCCUUGCUCUACCUGCGCCGCAUCUCCAACGUCACUCUAAUCGACCUGCGAGGUUGCAAACAGAUCACCCGCAAAGCCUGUGAGCACUUCAUCUCGGACCUGUCCAUCAACAGCCUCUACUGCCUGUCCGAUGAGAAGCUGAUCCAAAAAAUCAGCUAG